AUGGCUCCCAAAUUUAACUACUACCUGCAGUCAUCGAAUAGUCUCUUCAAAUCAGUGACAGACUACGCUCUUUACAUACCGUAUCCACUAGUUUUUUAUGAAAAUUGUAAUUCGAGCUUCAAUCAUAGAUACUCAAAAUCCAUAAACACUCUAAACAUUGCAGCCGAUACCUUCAAGAAGUGCUCUAGGAAGGACGCAGCCUGUUUGAAGGACGCCAUACAAGACGCUUUUCCAAAGUUGAAGGAUGGAAUACCAGAGUUGGGCGUACCUUCCUUAGAUCCUCUUCAUCUUGGGAACAUGGUGAUAGGAGCUGGGGGUCAGGCAGUAGGAGUGGUGCAGAAGUACCAAGACGCGGAGUUUUACGGUCUUUCAAACUCAAUAAUCGACGAUUUCAUCUUCGAUAUUGAUGGAGGAAAGAUCGCCCUAAAUUUCACAGCACCUGUUGCGUAUUUUAACGCGUCGUAUGAACUAAAUGGAAAAAUUCUUGUUCUUCCAAUUGUUGGUCACGGACAGUGUUCCUUUACCUUAGUUGGCUCUCAUGGCGAUAUCGAUUUCAAAAUCGAAACCUACACGAGGAACCACCAGAAACACAUCAGGGCUACGGAGUUCACCUUCGAGAUCGUUUUAGAUCGAUUGAUUUUCAAUCUGGAUAAUCUUUUCGAUGGCAAUGCUGAACUUUCCGAAAAUAUGCUGAAAGUUUUGAACGAAAAUUGGGAACCGUUGUACAGGGAGGUUAUAGGUCAAUAUGCCGCUGUUUCCGGAAAGGCUUUGACCAAAUUGAUGAACGAAUUCUUUGCCAAAGUUCCCAUUUCUGAAUUAUUCCUAGACUGAUGCUUAGUUAGCGAAAUAAACAAUAUCAAAAUA